AACCUGGGCCUGCUGAACAUCUCGGGCAUCGCUUGCCUCGUCACAAUGGCCAUCAUCGUCGCCACAUCCCUGCUCCGGCACCACAUGACCUUCCUGGCGUUCUUCCUGACGCACCAGCUGUACGUGGUGCUGUACGGCCUGAUGAUCAUCCACGCCGGCAACUUCUGGGUAUACCUGCUGCUGCCGGUGUGCCUGUGGUCGGCAGAGCUGUUGCUACGCUUCAUCUAUAGUCCGCGACCCUCCAACAUUGUCGAGGUUACGCUGCUGCCGUCCAACGUGAUAGUACUUGUCCUGGAGAAGCCCCCUCAAAUGAUCUUCAAGCCCGGCGACUAUGUGUACCUCCAGAUACCCACGAUCGGCAAGUUUGAGUGGGUGAAAUUCACUAUAACCAGCGCGCCGGAGCAGCCGGACCUGUUAACCGUCCACGUCCAGAUUAAGAACAACUGGUCGUUUCGUCUGCGUAACUUCUUCCUCCGCGACGUUUCGUUCCACUACAUCCCGCACCGGCUGCACGCGCUCGAGUCCAUCACUGUCAUCCAGAAGCUGGUCAAGUCCUGGAGGAACAUGUUCGGCGGAUUCCAGAACAUCGAGGUGCCUAUGGGCAAGCCCCGUGAAACGAGGAAAGAACGCCUGCAGCGGAAUCAGGUGGACGCGAUGAAAGUGGAGGAGAAGCACCUGACGAUGGACGUGGUGCUCUCGGAAGACGACCUGGCGCCAGAGCCCGAGCCCGAGCCGCCCCCGCCUCCGCACGGCGACCCGUUCGAGUCGCACGAAGUGUCGCAGUUCGGUGGCUUUGCAGUACGGUACUCCGCCUACACGCAGAACUUCGGCAAGACGCUGCACUUCCGCGGUACGGUCGCACCCGGCCAAUCGGCCGCCGACCGCGCCCGUUUCCAGAGCGUCAAGCACCACUCGCUCAUCCCAUCGCUGGAGGUGCGAGACGACGCCAGCGCGUCGAUCGGCGAGCCGAGCCGCGAACCCGGCGAGCGCAGUUCUAUUGCCGCCUCAAUGAGGCAGCAGCGUGACGACGACGAGCGCCGCGAUGCGGGCGACGAGAACGGCUGCCUGCUUGAUAAAACGGUCAAGGUGUUCAUCGACGGGCCGUACGGCACCACGGGCAGCGAGCGGACGGGCAUCUUCUCGGCGCGGCACGCCAUCAUCGUGCUGGUUGGCCCGGAGGUCGGCCCGUUCGCCGCCAUCCUGCAGAGCAUCCUCAUCAGAAAACAGCCGCAUUAG